AAAUGCGAAGAGGCUUUAUAAAAGACCUGAUAGUUCAUCGUGUGAUGGGUUAAAAAUUUGUCAGAGAGCUAUUUGUGGCCUGCCGCUUUGCACACGAGAGAAAGACAGAACAGCAUGGAGACGCUUCUUUUUCUAUUUCCUCAAUUCAACUACAUGGCCCCAAAGGAGGAAGCAGGUUUCAAAAUGUUCUGCCCUGAAGACUUGCAGGCACCAAAGAUGAAGGACGAUACAAGCAGACAGAAAGACAAGGAGAGGAAGAGCCGACUCAGCCUUUUUCUCACCAAGUCUGGCUCGCACGAAAAUGUCAGUCCCAAUAAAAAGACUAACACGACACCCAGCAACAUUUCACCAGAGGCAGCUCUGCAAUGGAGCGACUCCUUUGAAGAACUGCUGAAGCACUCAGAUGGGGUUGAAAACUUCUCUCAGUUCCUCAGGACAGAGUUCAGCGAGGAAAACAUCGAGUUCUGGUUGGCCUGUGAAGAAUACAAGACCAUAGAUUCUGAGACAAAGUUGCUGUCCAAAGCGAGAUGUAUUUAUACAGUUUUUAUUGAUUCGGACGCCCCUAAAGAGGUCAACAUUGACUACAACACCAAAAUGGCCAUCCAAAAGGACAUAGCAAAGCCCACAAAGAGCUGUUUUGAAGCAGCCCAAACGAAAGUGUACAGCCUGAUGAAAAAAGACUCCUACCCGAGGUUUCUCCAGUCUGACAUUUAUCUGCGCCUGACCAAGAAGAAAGGCCCCGGGGCCACCAUGUUUCGCAGAAGGUCACGCUCCUGUGUAUUCAACGAGAGAGGCGAGGCCACAACUGAACCUUCGGCCUGGUAGUCUAAGCGUAGCAGGCGUAGCAGCUUAAAUAAAGUAUAAUCCAUGUUUUGCAGCACAAUUGUUGAAAUGAACUGUGCGGUGCAGAAGCUAAUUAUCCACAAUUUUGUGUCUGCAGAAUGUUUUCAUAACCACAUGGGUCAGGAAGGUUUAUCCCAAAUACUUAGUACCAUGACAACUUUACAACUUGAAUUUUAUUUUUUUUGCUUUCUUGCCAAAAGGUAGAUUAGUCUCAAAUGUGUAUGGUAUUCAUGUUACUAUUUCUUUUUUUGCCUUUGUCAGACAGGACAGUGGAUAGAGUAGGAAACUAGGGACAUAGAGAGUGGGGACACACAUGUGGGAAAGGAGCCACAGGCCGACUUGAACCUAGGUCGCACUCUUGGAGGACCAUAGCCUUCGUACAUUGAGCGUGAAUUAACCGCUAGGCCGUCUGGCCCCUUUAGAUGGACUAUUUCUUAGCUGUUGUGGUUACUUCCAUUCCAUGUUACUUACCUGAUUGACUCAACAACACUCAACACUGCAGUUUAGCUGACUGCUUCCCCUUGUAAACACUCCAUUUGCUAAGCCAGACAGUCAAACUACUGGCAGUGGUUGCUUUGGGGUCUUGGGUGCUUUUUGCACUGGCAGUCUGGUGACACAUGCCCUUAUGUACCAUACAGAGAGUUGUCAAUUAUCGUUUAUCUUACUGGUGAAUAAAAUUAGUUCCCAAGUUGUUUGGAGUUUUACUUCAAACACAGUCUUUUGGCUAUUAAAAUACAUUUAAAGCUAUACUAGUACUUAUUGGGACAUAUGCUUUUUCAUUUUGUUGGAAAGAGUUAAAUAAUCUAAUGAUUGUAUGGUAUACAUUUUACUACAGCCAACUGAUCAUUAGCUUACCUUAGCAUAACCUUAAUAAACCAAAUGGAGGAAACAGCUAGCAGGGCUUUGUUCCUGGGUCACAAAUUGUGCUUCUAAACCUCCAGCACUGAGUUUAGUAUAAUGGUAAUGUGUUGAAUAAUGACUAAGUAGAGUGUAGUAACUUCUUUGCCAGUUAACUACCUCACACUCAAACAACACUCAAUUAGGUUUAACUAGCUGUUUCCCCUUGUUCCUUUAUUGAAUGAUUAUUUAAGAUAACUGGCUAUUGGCACUAGAUUUACGUCUACCAUUCCGAGAGUGGUAUCAAUUGUCAAAGUAGCGAUUAAGCUAGUUUCAAUGUAGUCCAAUCAUGCCUCUAACCAAUAUUGUACACAUCUGAAAUGUGGCUAACUAUAAAAAUAGAAUUUAAAAAGGUUAUACAGCCAGUACAUCAGAACUAUGUGGUUAUCUGAAAAUAAUGGACACAUUUUGGCCAAUCAGAAUUUGUCUUGCCUGUGGUCAUGGUGUAAAAGUAUAAUGGAGCACUUGUGGAACAAUCUAUCCAUUCUCUUUCUCAAAGACAUUGUGCUGCGUGUGGAUUAAACUCGUAUUAAUGCUGUUGUACCUUCUCAAAUCUUCAAUACUUGAAUGACAGCAAGACAGUGUGACAUAGAGUCUCAGCUGCUGCAGACAGUAUUCAGCAUGUCGAUCAAGCAGUCACACUGUGUUCCCUCUUCUUACUUCAGACACAAUAUGCCUCAAUAGCUUUGUCUUCAAGUCCAGCAAUAGCACUUUUUAUUGGACCACAUUUAGACAUUUAAUAUGGCGUACAAGGUAAUUGGCCUUAUCUAAUUCAAAUGGAAUCAUGAUUUUAUCGCUGUUGUUAUCCCAUUCCUUUCAGGCUAUGUUGCAGUAAAAGCCUGCAACCCUGGUGACUGCAAAGCACUGAAACUUUUUUUCAAGCUAUACAAACUUAUACUAUUUGUGUUAUGGAAAUAUAUAUGUAUUUAUAUAUCAUUUCCAAACACAGAAAUGCAUAUAUCUUAUUUGAAUACUAAUAUUAAAUUAAAUGAAUUAUGAUUGCUGUUUUUUUCAUUUCCUACCGUUCAUUAUAUUUAUGUCUUACUAUGAUCAUAUGUUUUGCUUUGCUGUUGUAAAAUGUACACAACUGUGAUAUGCAGAAAUAAACACUUCUUUAUUAAAGCA